AUGCUUUCCCUCUCCAAAGUCGCACUCGGGCUUGGUCUCUCCGCGUCGGUCCCUCUCGGUGCCUACGCGUGGGGCGCCAUGGGACAUGAAGCGGUGGGGUUCGUUGCUAUGGAUUUCCUAUCCUCUGGUGCACUCUCGUUUGUCCAAAAUACAAUCGACGCAUCGUUCAACCAUUCGCUUGGUCCGGCCGGUCCUUGGGCAGACACAGUUCGCUCAGAAGCGGCAUUCAAGUUUACCGCACCGUUCCACUUUAUUGACGCCGAAGACGACCCACUCAACGGUCAAUGCUCUGUCAAUGAAGACCGCGACUGCGGAAAUACGGGCUGUAUCCUGACGGCAAUAGCAAACUACACUCAGCGUGUGACAGAUACAUCCCUUUCUUUCACACAGCGUCAGCAAGCACUCAUGUUCAUCGACCACUUCCUAGGAGACAUCGGUCAACCUCUUCACGUCGAAGCGCUUGAAGUCGGCGGGAACGAUAUCGAUGCUGUCUGUGGUGGGAAGAAGACCAAUUUACACGCAACGUGGGACACAGGCAUGAUCGAGACGAUGCUCGACGCAAACUUCGACGGGAGCGUUACAGCAUGGGCAGCUUCACUCACCGAGUCUAUCAAGUCUGGCGACUUCAAAUCCGAAGCAGCCUCCUGGAUCUCCUGCUCCUCAACAACCCAAACCAUCACCCGCCGACUUCUUUCUUCAUCAGACAACCUCCGAGACGACAUUCUCUCUUUCAUCGCUUCCUAA